AUGCGACUCAAUUUGUUGUAUACGGCUGCAGCCCUUUCGCUGUGCGCUGACAAUGUAUCGGCCAAUUCUCAUGGCCGAUUUGGCCAAAGAGCUCGAGAUUCCUUGAAUCUGGCAAAACGGGCUUCGCAAACUGCGACAGAGUCGAACAAUGCUGCGAAGGAGGAUUUUCGCUUCCUGAACGAGAAGACCCAGCCUUACCUCGUCGACAAACUCCCCGAUGUCAACUAUGACAUCGGUGAAAUGUAUUCGGGAUCAAUGAAGAUUGACGCGAAUAACGACCUACGAUCGCUGUUCUUCAUCUUCCAGCCCAAGCUUGGGGAGCCUGUUGAUGAAGUCACCAUCUGGCUUAACGGCGGCCCUGGGUGUAGUUCUCUCGAGGGCUUCUUCCAGGAGAACGGUCGGUUCUUGUGGCACCCGGGUACUUUGGCACCGGUUGAGAAUCCCUAUUCUUGGGUGAACCUGACGAAUAUGUUAUGGGUCGAUCAACCUGUUGGAACAGGGUUUAGCACGGGUGUACCGACUGCAGUGUCGCAGGAGGAGACCGCAGAAGAAUUUGUCAAGUUCCUCAAGAAUUUCCAACAGGAGUUUGGAAUCAAGAACUUCAAGAUCUAUGUCACUGGCGAGAGUUAUGCAGGUCGCUAUGUACCUUAUAUCUCCGCCGCAAUUCUUGAUCAGAAGGACAAGGAAUACUACGAUCUUGCAGGCGCCCUCGUGUAUGACCCCUGCAUCGGCCAAUUCGACUACGUCCAGCAAGCAGCCCCCGCCGUCCCCUUCGUCGUCGAAAACGCCAACUUCUUCAACUUCAACCAGUCCUUCCUUAGCGAACUGGAGACUCUGCACGAGAAAUGCGGCUACAAGGACUUUAUCGACGAAUACCUCGUCUUUCCUCCAUCCGGCGUGCAGCCACAAAAGAAAUUCCUCGACGGAGAGUGCGACGUCUUCGAUCUCAUCAACAACGAGGCGUUUGCUACGAAUACUUGUUUCGAUAUUUAUGAGAUUAACCUCAUGUGCCCUUUGACUUGGGAUGUACUGGCGUUCCCGACUGAAUUGACAUACCUACCACAGGGCGGAACAGUCUACUUUGACCGUGAUGAUGUGAAGAAAGCACUGCAUGCUCCGGACUCAGUCGAAUGGUCCAUCUGCUCCAACGAGAACGUGUUUGUGGGUGGAAAGGCCGGCCCAGAGGGCGAGGGCGACAUCUCAGUGAAUCCGAUCGAGAAGGUCCUCCCCCAGGUCAUCGAAGCCACCAACCGCGUCCUCAUCAGUAACGGUGACUACGACAUGAUCAUCAUCACCAAUGGGACUCUGCUGUCUAUCCAGAACAUGACCUGGAACGGAGACUUGGGAUUCCAGCAGGAGCCAAAUGCAACUAUCUACAUUGACCUACCGGAUCUACAGUGGGCGGCUGUUCGUGAGGAUAAUGGCCUUGCUGUUGAUCAGCCCCAGGGGACUAUGGGGAUUCAGCACUUUGAGCGUGGCUUGAUGUGGGCAGAGACGUUCCAGAGUGGACAUAUGCAGCCGGAGUAUCAGCCUAGAGUCACCUAUCGCCACUUGGAGUGGUUACUUGGGCACAUUGAGAAGUUGUAA